AAACCGACCUGACACUUACUCAUACACAACAAUCAACACAACAAAAGGAGAGGGAAAUAAGUGCUAAAGAUCUACUGAAAGAACCGAAAAAUAAUCAUCAAGAUGUCGACGACCGUGGAAAAGAUCAAAGAGAUCGAGUCCGAAAUGGCUCGUACUCAAAAAAAUAAAGCAACUUCAUUUCAUCUUGGUCAACUGAAAGCAAAGUUAGCUAAACUAAAGCGAGAGCUCCUAACCCCGUCAUCCAGUGGCGGCGGUGGUGGAGGUGCUGGCUUCGAUGUUGCUAGAACUGGUGUUGCUAGUGUUGGCUUUAUUGGAUUCCCAUCCGUAGGGAAGAGUACUUUGAUGACCAGAUUAACUGGCCAACAUUCAGAAGCAGCCGCGUAUGAAUUUACUACCCUGACAUCUGUACCUGGACAAGUCAUGUACAAUGGAGCACCGCUGCAGAUGAUCGACCUUCCAGGUAUCAUUGAGGGUGCUAAAGACGGAAGAGGCCGUGGUCGUCAGGUGAUUGCCGUUGCUAAGACAUGCCAUUUAAUCUUCAUUGUCCUAGACGUGAACAAACCCCUGACAGAUAAACGAGUCAUCGAGACAGAACUGGAGGGAUUUGGCAUCCGAAUAAACAAACAGCCGCCUAACAUUACUUUCAAGAAGAAGGACAAGGGUGGUCUCAACAUAAGCAGUACCGUGCCUCUAACCCACAUCGACAACGACGAAAUCAGGGCUGUAAUGGCCGAAUACCGUAUCAACUCUGCGGAUAUUGCGAUUCGCUGUGAUGCCACUAUUGACGACUUGAUCGACAUUCUAGAAGCCAAGAGCCGCAGCUACAUACCAGUUAUCUACGUCCUCAACAAGAUCGACGCGAUUAGUAUAGAGGAGCUUGAUCUAUUGUACCGAAUCCCCAACGCAGUACCCAUUAGCUCCGAGCAUGGAUGGAACGUUGACGAGUUAAUGGAGGCUAUGUGGGACAAGCUAAAAUUGGUCCGGGUUUACACGAAGCCAAAGGGGAAGAUGCCGGACUAUUCGCAGCCUGUUGUGCUUCGUUCCACUAGGUGCACCGUCGAAGAUUUUUGCAACGCAAUCCACCGAAGCAUUGUCGAGCAGUUCAAAACCGCGGUCGUUUACGGCAAGUCUGUAAAGCACCAACCUCAGCGCGUGGGGCUCGCCCACGAAUUGGCCGAUGAAGAUAUAGUCACGAUUGUCAAGAGAUGAGUGGCUAGAGU